AUGGGUGUCCUUGACAGGAUUCGCGGUCGAAGCGCCGCACCUACAGACAACCCCAAUGGUCCCGAUGAAACCACCCAGCCGACCAAGGUGCCGGAACAAGGCGGCGUCUUGGAUUCCGGACCAUCGUCCACCGACUUGAGCCUGGAGGAGAAGAACGAGAAGGAGGUUAUCGAAAAUGGUGCCAAUGUUACGGCUAACGCUCCGAUCGGUAUCCAAAAGGCUGAAGCCGCGGCUCUGGUGUGGUCAAAAACGACCGUUUAUAUCACCUACGCUUGGAUUUGGGUCUGCUUCUUCAUGCUGGCCUUCCAACAGUCGAUCCUCAACAACGUUACCUACUACGCCUACUCAGACUUCCAGAACGCCCCCCAGAUUGCCACCGCCCAAAUCCUGUCCUCCAUCAUUGGUGGCGUCCUCAAGUUGCCCAUUGCCAAAAUCCUCAACCUUUGGGGCAGAGCCGAGGGCUUCCUCAUCGCUGUCGCCGUCUACCUCCUAGGCAUGAUCAUCAUCGCCUCUUGCAAUGGCCCUGACGGCUAUGCGGCAGGCUAUGUGCUAUACUGGAUUGGCUAUUACGCCAUUUACUUCAUCAUGGAUGUGUUCGUUGCCGACACGUCGGGUCUGCGCAACCGUGCCUUUGCCUUUGCCUUUGUCAGCACGCCCUUCAUCUGCACGGCUUUCACAGGUCCUCUUGCGGCUCAGUCCUUCAUCAAGAAUGCAUCUUGGCGCUGGGCGGUGGGUGCCUUUUGCAUCAUCAUGACCGCUGUCUUCGUCCCAUUGGCCAUCGUCUUCAAGUUCUUCCAGAUGAAGGCGGAGAAGAUGGGCCUGUUUGUGAGGACGCUAAGCGGUCGCACCACCACUCAAUCCAUCAUCUUCUACCUGCACGAAUUCGACAUCAUUGGUGCAUUCCUUCUUAUUGCAGCCUUUGUGUUGUUCCUUCUGCCCUUCAGCCUUACCAGUAAUGGCCGUGCUGGCUACUCCUCGGCCACUUUUAUCGCCAUGGUCGUCAUCGGCUUCCUCCUCUUCUUCGUCUUCGCCGCCUGGGAGAAGUAUGGUGCCCGAAGGCACUUUAUUCGGUGGGAGCUCUUGAAGAACCGAACUGUACUUGGAGCUUGCCUCCUUGCUGCUAUUCUGUACUUCAGCUUUUACUCUUGGGACCAAUACUUCUACUACUUUGUCCAAGUUGUCUACAACCUCGACAUUUCCGAUACGGGAUACAUGACCCAGAUCUACAACAUCGGGUCUUGUUUUUGGGGUGUCGUGUUUGGAGUCUACAUCCGCCACACCAAGCACUUUAAGUAUGCCUGUCUCUUCUUUGGCCUCCCUCUGAUGUUUCUGGGAGCAGGCCUCAUGAUUCACUUCCGAGGUGAGGACGACGAUAUUGGCUACGUCAUCAUGUGCCAGAUCUUCAUCGCCUUUGCCGGCGGUACUCUUGUCAUCGGCGAGGAUAUGGCUGUCAUGGCCUCGGCUGACCGCGACGGCGUGCCCAUGAUGCUGGCCCUGCUCAACUUGUUUGCCAGUCUCGGCGGAGCCAUUGGCUUUGCUGUGGCUAACGCUAUCUAUACGAACACAUUCCCGGACGCUCUUCAAGACCGGCUCCCUCAGGAAUCGGCUGCUGACUGGUCUCUAAUCUACCUUGGCGGUGCACAAACUCAGAUGCUGUACCCCCCCGGCAACGCCACGCGUGAUGCCAUCAACUACGCCUGGGGAUACAGCCAGAAGUACAAUUGCAUUUCCGCCACCGCCAUUCUCGUCCUGGCCAUCCCUUGCGUUGCUGUGUGGAAGAACUACAACGUGAACAAAGCUCAGAACAAGGGAACUGUGAUCUAG